UUUGGUCUGGGUCAGAGUAAAUGAUCUGGGUACUUAAAAUGUCAAAAUGGUCAAAAGUCAAAACUGAAAACAAUAAUAAUAAUAUAGUUACUUUUAUCGUAACAAAACAUUAUGUUUUAUUUUAUUACAAAUAUUCUCUUAUUAUAGACCUUUGUGGUAAUUGCAAUAAUGGAAGAGGACAACAAAUUGCCACUAAAACGUGUCGAGUUAUCGUUGACGAAGUUCAACGAAGUGGCGAUUCCACAUCACUUGGACUUGCUCCGACAACACAAAGCCAACAUUAUAAAGUAUGAGGAGCUGGGGCAGUACGCGCGCGUGCGCUCGGAGCAGACGCACGCGCGGCGCGUGGCGGCGCAGCUGCGCUCGCUGCUGAACGAGCUGGAGGCGCUGCGCCGGCAGGUGCGCGCCGCCGACGUGCCGCGCUUCGACCGCCUCACCGAGCGCUCCCGCGACCACACGCUGCGCGCCAUCAUGGACUACCUGGGUGUCAUAGAGCGCAGUUGUGUCGCGAUGGCGCGCGACGCGCAGGCGCGGCCGCGGGGCGUGCGGGAUUCGUCGCCGAUGAGCAUAUCGAGCGAGGGACGUGGCGCCGACGUGGCCGCGUCCACCGACUCGGUGGGGCUGGUGGCGCACUGCGCGGAGCCCGGCGCCGCUUCCGAGCAGAUACAGCUGCAGGUCGACGAGAAGGAGCUGGAGCUGCGGGCGCGCGAGGCGGCGCUGCGCGGCUGGGGCGAGCUGCAGGCGGAGGUGCGCGCGCUGCACGAGGCGUGGCAGCACAUGCAGGCCGCCGCGCUCGCGUCGCGCGAACAGGUGCCGAGCCGAGCUUGUGUGGCUGUGCCUGCCUGUACAGUGCAGUCAGUACAGCGCAGAGCAGAACGCGGUGAGCGCGGUCGCGCACGACGUGCAAGGCGCGGCCGACAACGUGCAGGCGGCGCGCAGCACGCUCGCCGCCGCCGAGAGACUGAAGGCGGGCGCGUACGGCGUGUGCGGCGCGCUGGCGGGCGCGCUGCUGGCGGGGCCGGCGGGCGUGCUGCUGGGCGUCAAGGCGGGGCUGGCGGUGGGGCUGGCGGCCGGCGGGCUCGGCUACCUGGGCGGCGCGGGGCUGGCGCGCGCGCGCCGCGCCUCGCUGCCCGCCUUGCCGCCGCCCGAGGACUCGCAGGAGGACAAGAAGGAUCGCUAGCGAGCGCGAGGGGACUCCACUCGUGUGACGUCAUGAUUGUGCUGUGAUCUUUACCGUCGGACUCUCCAUUGACAUCGAUAGGGUAUUUUACCCUUUCUUGAAAAGGGUCUUAAUUUUAUCCUAAGGCAAUAAAUAAUAAACUAGUUAGGUAGGUACUUA